AAAACUUACCUGGAGGAAAGGGUAUCUGAAGGUCAAGAUGACAGUAACUGUGUAGGAAAAAUGACCAUUAAUAAUUUUUUUGUUGUUGAUAAAUACCAUUAAUGACUUUAAAUUGGAAGUCAUUGAAUUCCACUCAUUGAUUCAGCAUUGUCAGGCUACCGGUUGUUUCAAAAGAUUAAGCAAUUAGAAAAUGAGUUCACCAUUGUAUAUCAAGAGCUAAAAAGUGUAUGCUAUUUAUUUUAUUCAUUAUGGAGUGCACGCUGAAAAUCUAAUGGUUAACAUCAAUAAUUCUAGGAUGAAAGUAUUUACUCUUGUUUUCCUGUUGAUUUCUUCAUGUUCAUUGUAUGCAGAUGCCUCAGAGCUUUGACUACCCUUCACAUACUCGCUUGCCUGGAAUGAAGCUUGGUUAUGAUAGGAGCAAUGGAAAAAUCUGGUCUUUGAUAUCCUGGAAAAGCAGGGAAGACCCUGGCCCUGGAGUUUUCUCUCCGGAACUUGAUCCUCAAGGCACGAGCCAGUGCUUCAUCAUAAAGGGAUAUCAGAAGUAUUGGACUAGUGGGGAAUGGAAUGGACAAAAUUUCUCAACGGUCCCUGAUUUGAAUGCGCUCAAUUUAUUAGACAUCGCCUAUUUUUCCAGAUCGAGUGGGAACUAUUUCACUUAUUCUGUUACUGAUGCUUCCGUGACCAGUAGAUUUGUGUUGGAAAUAUCAGGUAAACUCGAGCAGCUGUUAUGGUCUGAAACUACCCAUCGAUGGGAUUUGUUUUGGUAUCAACCAAGCCAGCAGUGUGAGGUUUAUGCCUACUGUGGGGCUUUUAGCAAUUGCAGUCAAAAGGCCCGUCCAUUUUGCCAAUGUUUGCCAGGUUUUGAACCCCUUUCUGUAGGAAGUUGGAAUGCAGGCGACAUGUCAGGAGGGUGUGCAAGGAAGGUCCCUUUGCAGUGUGGCAAUGAUAGUCAAGCCAAUGGGCAGAAUGACCAGUUUCUUUGGAUAUAUCCAAAUGAUGGGUUUCAAUAUGGAGCGAAGAUCUCUUUAAUGUGGAGCAGCUGACAAAUGAUGACACUGAUGGGAGAGAUUUCUAUCUAAAACUUGCUGCUUCUGAGUUUCUUAGUAAUGGUAAGAAUAAUGGAAUUGUCGCAGUUGUUUUGGUGGCAUGGUGACAACAAUUAGUUACAUUGUUUUUGAUGAAAAGUCUAUUGUCAGAUACGAUUCGCAAUUCAUGCAUAGAUCAAUACAAAUCUAUGAGUGAGUCUAAUUUGGAAUGGAAUCUAUGGUAAAUUGCACGAUCACAAUUGAUUGAUGCAAUUCUUGAACUAUCGUGUCCUAGAAAUUGACUAUGUUUAUAUUUUUUGUUUUUGUCUAAAAAAAAAUGUUAUAAUAUAUCUUCUCAGCAUGUUUAAAGUUAAAAGUAAAAUAAUUAUGAUUUAAUGUAAGAUGGGUCAGGUCAGUCCCACAAGUGUCUCCUUUUUUUUUUUUUAACUUCUUUUUUUUGAAUAAUAAGCAUAUAGUUUUUAAAUUGUUUUUAAGUUUUAAAUAAAUAAUUCCACUUAAUUCUUUCUUCUUAUUAUAGGGUUUCUAAGUCCAUUUUUCGAAUAUCAAGACAAAUUAUAUUGUUUUUGAAUAAUUUUAUAGUUAGUGGGAUUUGAACCCACAUUGCUUAAUUAGAUGGUGUAGUUAUGUCCUUAUAUGACAAACUAUUUUAUAACAUAUGCCAAAAUCAAUCUUAUUUCAUUUUUUUUUUCAUAUAUAUGAGUGUAUAGCAUAAUCUUUUAUUAGUUUGUAGUAAAUCUUAGCAAUUUUUCAUUCGAUUUACAAUUCACAUAAUUAAGAUUUCAAUUCAUGAUGCAAUUCUUAAUUUGACAACUAUGGAAAAUCUUGA